AGCGAGUUUCCUUCCUCAACAAAGUUAACGACGUGGUCGAAUUUUAGCCGGCAAUUAUUCGCUAGUUUGCCCUCGAAUACAUAAAUACUCAAAGUACUUCGCGUCGGGAACGAUUAAGGGUAACUGAUUCUCACAAAAAGCCCUUUGGAAAACACAAGUUUCUUUAUUUUCGCGUUUUCAUUUCUCUCUUCUACGAUAUUCUCUGCCGUUUACAGUCGCGUUCUAGGAGCAAUCAACUUUGAAACAUGGGUGGUGUGAUCAGUGGUUUGUUCAAGGGUCUCUUUGGCAAGAAAGAAAUGAGAAUCCUUAUGGUUGGUCUUGAUGCUGCUGGGAAAACCACCAUUCUGUACAAGCUGAAGUUGGGAGAAAUUGUCACAACGAUUCCUACAAUUGGUUUUAAUGUGGAAACAGUAGAAUAUAAGAACAUAAGUUUUACAGUGUGGGAUGUCGGCGGCCAAGACAAAAUCAGACCUCUUUGGCGACACUACUUCCAAAAUACGCAAGGUUUAAUCUUCGUAGUGGAUAGCAAUGAUCGCGAGCGAGUUGGUGAAGCAAGAGAAGAGUUGAGUAGGAUGUUGAACGAAGACGAACUUAGAGAUGCAAUUCUUCUCGUGUUCGCCAACAAACAGGAUUUGCCCAAUGCUAUGAAUGCUGCAGAAAUAACAGACAAGAUUGGCUUGCACAACUUAAGAAAUCGUACAUGGUACAUCCAAGCUACAUGUGCAACAAGUGGAGAUGGUUUAUAUGAAGGACUUGACUGGCUAUCAUCACAGUUGAAAAAGCAAAAUUACUUUGUUCCUCUAAAGAAGUUGCUGGUGACCGGAAGUGACCUCGAACGCUGUAGCGGAAAUCGAGCCUCGUUCCUAGAAGAGACGAGGAUUCUGGGAACGAGAAACAUGGGGAGUGUGUUUGGCAAACUGUUCUCCGGUCUCUUCGGCAAGAAGGAGAUGAGAAUUCUCAUGGUCGGUCUUGAUGCCGCUGGGAAAACGACCAUCCUCUACAAGCUUAAACUCGGAGAAAUCGUCACAACGAUUCCAACAAUUGGUUUUAACGUGGAAACAGUAGAAUACAAGAACAUAAGCUUUACAGUUUGGGACGUUGGCGGCCAAGACAAGAUCAGACCUCUUUGGCGACACUACUUUCAAAAUACACAAGGUCUAAUAUUUGUUGUGGAUAGCAAUGAUCGUGAGCGAGUUGGCGAAGCAAGAGACGAAUUGAACAGGAUGUUGGGUGAAGAUGAACUUAGAGAUGCUACUCUUCUUGUCUUUGCGAACAAACAGGAUUUGCCCAAUGCGAUGCAAGCAGCCGAAAUUACGGACAAGCUGGGUUUACACGGCUUGAGAAAUCGCACAUGGUACAUCCAAGCUACAUGUGCAACAAGUGGAGAUGGUCUUUAUGAAGGACUUGACUGGCUAUCAGCGCAACUUAAAAAGAAAGAUUAAUACUGAUGAACUUGAAGACAUGGCAUACAUAGUGUAUUAAAAUAACAUUCUAAUUUGAUCAGACAAUUUCUCAUUUUAUUUUCAUAGAUCACUUGAAAUUUCCUCUAGUUCGUUUUAUAUUGAUGUUACUGCAGUGAAGCAGGUCUUGUUGAAAGUUUCACUUUACCUUAUCAGUUACCUUUUUCUUUUUCCAAGAUGUUUAUCCUCAGAUUGCCAUCAUUCUCAAAGAAAACCUGAUCAGAUCUGUGAUACCUAGAAAUUUCUGAAGAUGUUUUCUACAAAUGCAAAGACUUGGAAACUUUUGAGGAUGCCCUUACAGGGUUGAUGCAAACGUGAGCUGGUGCUGUUUACUUUCUAGCACUAACGUUAUUUACAAUCAUUUGUAUGAUUUUAUCUCCUUUGAUACUGAUUUAAGUUUAUAUCAUGAGAGACAUUUUCAGUAAUGUACAGAACUACCUUGAUUUUUUCUGCUAGGCAUUCGGAUUUGGGUACUCAGGCAUGUUGGUGUGAAAUCAGGUUUUUCAAUCCACAGGUGUGAGAAUCAUGUUAUUGGCAUGAGAAGAGGCAGGAAUACUAAUGAGUGAAUGUUUGUGGAACAAAUACCAAAUUAUUGUUCAGUUAGUUUUUACUUCAAAGGUGAAGAAUGGUAAACAUGCAUUUAUACACUGUUUGAAACCUCAAGUUUAUCCCUCAAAACCUUAUACUUAUAGGGUUCUUUCUUUGAAAUACCUUUUGUUUUAGGAAAAUAGUGUUAACCCUGUAACUCCCAAGAUCUGAUUGUUAAUUCUCACUUUCAGCUGCCACACAUUUCCUUGUAAAUUAGUUGCAAGAAUUUUGAUUUUAGUAAGUUAUCCUUAAGCUGUGCUUCUCAAUAUUUUUUCUUUUGACUUUGUGAGAGAAUUUUUUGGCUAAACAAGAGAACACCGUCUAGUCGCUAAGUUACUGUCUAUUUUCACCUGUGAGCUGGAUAAUGCUGAUCAUGAAUAUUACAAAGAGGAUCCAGAUUUCAUUUACUUCUGGGAAUCAUCCUUUUUACUGCCAAGACCCCAAUAUCUUUUACCUUUACUAUCUGCUAGAAAUUUCUUGUUAGUUCUUAGAACUUGUUGUUCCAUAAAACAGUAUCCCCAAUUGAUACUAAAGGAUUCUUCAUUAAUUUGCAAGUAAUGUGAGCCAAGUCUCUAGGAUUCACGAAUACUUUCCUGGACUUUUAAAGUUAUGGUGAUAAUUCAUAAAUGAUUCUUGUUUGUCAUAAAACAACAGCAGACAUUUUAACAAUCCAUUUGUAACACUAAAUUUGUUUUUUAAUGUAAAGACCAUAAGAGUCGUAGUUUGAGUACAAUUAAAGAAGCACUUAACUUU